AUGAUGGAUGCAGACGGUCUUGAUUUAGAUUUUCAAAGUCCAUUGAAGGAGGAACCUGACGAUCAUGUUGUUCCUGAUGGUUCAAAAGACAUCAAGUACAUUUCUAACAGGUAAAUAAAUAUAUAUAUACGUGAAUUUGAAAAGUAUAAAUUAUUAUUUUAUAUUUUAGUAAUUUAAUAAUAUUUAAAAAGAAUUUUAUUCUGUUCAUUUCAGUCGAUUCAUCCAGAUGUUCAUGUCAGGUAAACUUAAUAUACCAGGGGUCGGAAGGGAAGUUACGUUUGGCUACGAAGAUUUGCAGAAUAUUGGGGAAAUCGGAGCUGGCAGAUUUGGAAUCGUGUGUAAGAUGAGGCACAUACCAACAAAGUUCAUGAUGGCAGUUAAAGUAAGGAUGGUUUAAUUUGACAAGAAGCAUAUUUGUCUUACGAAGAAAGACUUUGGAUUUAUAUUGUUCUGAAUUUAGAGAGUCAGAUUGAUUUCAAAUCAAUAUGAAAAUGUGGAGUCACGUCGAAGAAUGCAGCAACUACAGAAUGAGGUGCAGAUGAUAAAAGAAGCCUCUACAUGUCCUGAAGUCGUUCGAUUUUACGGCGUUACCUUCAAUGAGGUUGGAUUAGUGUUUUUUUGAAUUAAAGUUUUACUAACUCUUCAUUAUGUGGAUUUUGAAAAUGAUUUUCGUAGAAGUAGUACUAGUUUUUUUUCAUUUUUUAGGGAGAUUGUUUGAUAUGCAUGGAGCUAAUGGACAUUUCUCUUGAUCGAUUAUAUAAAAUUGUUCACCAAACGACAAAGAUGCCUUUUUAUGAACCUGUUUUGGGAGUAAUUGCGGUGACCGUGCUAAAUGCUUUGAACUGUCUAAAGAAGUUGAAACACAUUAUUCAUAGAGGUAUGUGUUUUAUUAUUUUUUUAUUUUGGGCUCAGUUUUACAUUAUUGUUUUAUAAUUUAUUAUAUAACAUAGGAAUAGUGACAUUUUGUUAAUAGUGAAGUUUACAGACGUCAAACCUUCGAAUAUUUUGCUGAAUUGUCGUGGUAAGGUGAAGAUCUGUGACUUUGGGAUUUCUGGAUAUCUUGAAGAUUCUAUGGCGAAGACAAAAGACGUUGGGUGUAGACCGUAUAUGGCGGUAAGUUAACUAUUGGCUAUUUGGUAUGCAUAAGGCUAUAUGAAGCCUGGGGAGUUUAAAAUUUUCAUUAUAAUUCAAACCUUUGUAGCCAGAAAGAUUAAUGGCAAACGUAGAAGGCUACGAUACUCGGUCUGAUGUGUGGAGUCUUGGCAUUACUUUGGUAUGUUAGUCAUAAGUUAACUUUACCUAACAUUACAAAAAUAGGUUGAGACAGCCCGAGGUGUGUUUCCUUAUCCAGACUUUAACAAAAAGUGUCUGUUCGCUCAAAUCGAGCUUGUUGUUCACGGUGAUCCUCAGUUUCUGAGUCCGAGUGAUGGUUACAAUCCAAUUACCAUACUUUUCGUUAAUCGAUGGUAUGUUUUGAAUAUCAUUUAUUAUUUUAAUUUCAUUUUUAAAAUUCAAACAACUUUAACACCAAAUUGAAAAGAUACGAAUUUAAAACUCAUUAUAUGAUAUUUAUGCUACAUUAUGUUACUCUCAAUGAAAGACUUACAGUUUGACGAAAGAGUACAAAGAUCGACCGACUUUCGAGGUUUUAAUGCAAUCUCCCUUCUACUUGCAUUACUCGAAGCUACGAGACAGAGAUUCUAUAGUAGCGUCGUAUGUUCAACAAAUGAUUAACGAAUCAAACGGGUGUAGUUUGUAG